AUGGUUCAGACACAGGAUGAAGUGUUAAUUACUAAUGAUUUGCCUAUUGCUGGUAGUAAAAAUUUCUGUCAGAGAGGAACACAAAAAUCACCAUUGAUUAUGUCAAACAUGAUUCAGACACAAGAUGAAAUUUCUAGUACUCAUGAUUCGCCUAUUGCUGGAAGUAGUAAUGUAUUUGAGAGAGGAACAAAAACACACGUGGAGACUGAAUGGAACAACAUUCGGAGAGUUGACGAAGUCUCUGGUAUACAAUAUACUCGUAUUAGCGACAGUCUUAUUUCUCCUUCAAGUGGUCUUGUUAGCAAUAAGAGAAGUGUUAGUCAACGGCAAGCUACUGCGAAACUGUUGGGAACUAUGGUCAGCAAUCAUUAUGAAGGAGGAAAGAUUGGGCUGAAACCUAAUCAGAUCAUGGAAAAAGCUAGAAAAGAUCAUGGUGUUGUGAUUUCAUAUUCAAAGGCUUGGAGGUCUCAAGAGCACGGCCAGGAUAUAGCUAGGGGUACUCCUGAUGACAGUUAUGAAGCUUUGCCUAGUUGGUUUCACAUGAUAAAAGAAAAGAAUCCAGGUUCUGUGACUUUUAUCGAAGUUGAUUCUGUUGGGAAAUUCAAAUACGCAUUUUUGUCUCUUGGUCCAUCUACCAGAGGGUUUAAGUUGAUGAGGAAGGUACUUUCUGUUGAUGGUGCCCAUCUGAAAGCAAAGUAUAAAGGGACUCUACUUGGGGCCACAACACAAGAUAGUAAUUUUCACUUGUAUCCUAUAGCUUUUGCUAUAGUUGAUUCUGAGAAUGAAGCCUCAUGGAGUUGGUUUAUGAAAUGUCUGAAAACCAUCAUUCCUGAUGAAGAGGAUUUGGUUUUUGUCUCUGAUCGUGCGACGUCUAUUGAAAACGCUCUUUUACGACAUUAUCCGGUUGCUCACCAUGGAAUAUGCGUCUUUCACUUUAAAAAGAAUGCGCAGGACAAUUUCAAGAGUUCAACACUUGUCCCUUUGGUUGUUGAAGCUGCUUAUGCAUACACCAAGGCUUAUUUUGAUUGCUAUUUUCAUGAGAUUGAGGCGUCCGACAUUGUAUUAGCAGAUUAUCUUCGUAAAGCAGACUUCAGGAUGUGGUCCCGAUCUUAUUCUCCUGCUAAUCGCUUCAACAUCAUGACGUCAAACUUGGCUGAAUCUGUAAAUUCUUUGCUGAAAUUGAGUCGAGUUCGUCACAUGCAUCUUGCCACUCUCGAAGUGGGGAACAAUAUGAAGGAGCUAUAUGAUUUUAUGUCUCGCUUCCUCGAAGUUUCCAAAAUCAAUGAUUCAGAGUUUGAGGUUAAGGGAGAUACAAGAGAUCAAGUGGUGAAUUUUCAAACAAGGCAUUGUUCAUGUUUUGUGUUUGACGUUGAGAAGUUUCCUUGUGCUCAUGCAAUUGCCGCUGCAAAUGCUGGAAAUAAGCAUGAAAAUGAUUAUGUCGAUGAGUUUUUCUCCAACGAAAGGUUUACACUAGCAUAUUCAGAGACUGUAUAUCCUGUUGGUGAUAAAACAUAUUGGAAUAUUUCUCCCCAUGUAGCUUCGUUUGUUUGUCGCCCUCCAUCUACACGCUUUCCUAGUGGCAGGAGGAAAAAAAAAAGAGGAUUCCAAGUUCGUGGGAGUAUGGAAAAUAUCGGUCCAUAUCCAAACCAUCACCCAAUACUUACAAAUGUAGCAGAUGUGAACAGAAAGGACACAACAAAGGUAGUUGUGUAA